AUUUGUAUUUCUAACAAGGUCCCAGGUGCCAUGGCUGCUGAUACAAGGACCACAUAUUUUAUUGUCUUGUCAUCUGUAUUCCAAAUCCGAUCAUCAACAACAUGGAAUGCAGAAACCAAACAGGUCCUUCAGAAUUGCGUCUCCUGGGAUUGACAGACGAUCCGGAACUGCAGCCCCUCCUCUUCAACCUGUUCCUGUCUGUAUACCUGACCACCGUUCUGGGCAACCUGCUCAUCAUCCUGGCCGUCAUCUCGGACUCUCACCUGCACACCCCCAUGUACUUCUUCCUCUCCAACCUGGCCUUUACUGACAUCUGUUUAAGCACCACCACGAUCCCAAAGAUGCUGGUGAACAUCCAGACCCAGACUCAGAGCAUCACCUACCUGGGCUGCCUCACCCAGGUCUGCUUUGUCCUGGCUUUUGUUGCCCUGGAAAACUUCCUCCUUGUAGCAAUGGCCUAUGACCGCUACGUGGCCAUCUGCCACCCCUUGAGCUACACGGUCAUCAUGAACCCUCGCCGCUGUGUCUUGCUGCUUGUCAUCUCUCUGCUCAUCAGCGCUGGGGACGCCCUUCUCCACACUCUGAUGCUGCUGCGGCUGUCCUUCUGCACAGACCCAGAGAUCCCCCACUUCUUCUGCGAACUUGCUCAGGUAUUCAAGCUUGCCUGCUCUGACAUCCUCAUCAAUAACAUUCUGAUCUAUUUGGCAGCUGGUCUGUCUGCUGGCAUUUCUGCGUCUGGGAUCAUUUUUUCUUAUACUCACAUUGUCUCUUCUGUUUUGAGGAUGCCAUCAGCAGGGAGGAAGUAUAAGGCUUUCUCUACCUGCGGGUCUCACCUCUCAGUGGUUUUCUUAUUCUAUGGGUCAGGUUUUGGGGCGUAUAUCAGUUCUGUGGUUUCUGACUCUCCCAGGAUGACUGCCCUGGCCUCAAUGAUGUACGUGGUGGUCCCCCAAAUGGUGAAUCCCUUCAUCUACAGCCUGAGGAACAGGGACGUGAAGAAAGCCUUGAAGACACUUAUUGAUAGGAUGCCUUCUCUUCUGUAAUUGUUUCCUGCUCUCAAUGGCUCUGUGUUUGGUGG